AAGAAUAAUUCAAGCAGCUGUGAUUUCUUUGGGGGGGUGGGGCCCUGAAGGCAGCUCCUGUCAACUCAGUCCUCCGAAGAACCUAGGAACUGAGCUGUGGUUCCUAGAGAGGCAGGAAGUUUUCCCCAUGUGUGGGAGUUGAGGGUAGAAUUGCAAGACAAUGGUACCUUCGCCUCCCUUCGCAUCCCAGGGAAAGGAAGACAGGCCAGAUCUCCCUCCACUAACCCCGGGCCAGAAGAUGGGAGGACUGCAGAAUCAUGCCAUUUGUAGAGUUGGAAGGGACCCCCGAAGGGCAUCUAGUCCAACCCCGCUGCGAUGCAAGAAUCCCUGCUGGAAACUUGAUGAAAUACUUGCUUUCCCUCUGCCAGGGAUAGGCUGGCUCAGACCCACUACGAAAGAGAGUUCGGAUCUGGUGCGCUUUGCACCUAGAAUCAUAGAAUGCCACUGCGAUGCCAUCGGAAGCCCCACCUAGAUCGUCUCUUCUUUGGGCUGGAGCGCAAAAUCCAGCAGACGCCUCAGGCCUCAGACAGAAGGACAAUGAGAAUUCUGCAGAGCCACCUGAGGGGUCGUCAGAAACAGCCAAGCAUUCAGUGGGGAAGGAGCUUGGCGUUCAAAGGGGAUGGAAAAAGCACAUGGGAAACCAACCAAAGGCAGGGAGGAAGAGAUUCUCUGCUUCUCAAGGUGCCAGUGUCCACAAACUCCUAAUGCCACAGGAAAAUCUGAAAGGAAAUAAAAAAGAAAAAUGCCCGGAGUGUGGGAAAACAUUCAAAGAUAAAUCAAACUUGAACAGGCAUUGUAGAACCCACACAGGGGAGAAACCAUAUGAGUGCCUGGAAUGUGGAAAGAGCUUUGGUCACAGUCACCAUCUUACCGUUCAUCAGAGAACUCACACUGGGGAGAAACCCUAUAAAUGCACACAGUGCGGAAAAGCCUUCAGCGAUAGCGGAAGCCUUACUGCCCAUGAAAGAAUUCAUACAGGGGAGAAACCGUACAAGUGUAUGGACUGCGGAAAGAGCUUCAGCAACAGCGGAAGUCUUCAUACACACAGAAGGACUCACACGGGCGAAAAACCGUAUAAGUGCCUGGAAUGUGGAAAGAACUUCAUCCACAGCGGAAGCCUUCAUGCGCAUCAGAGAAUCCACACAAGGGAGAAAAUGUACGCAUGUGUGGACUGUGGGAAGUGUUUUGCUUCCGGCAGCCACUUUAACACACAUCCCAAAACCCACACAGAGGAGAAACCUUAUAAAUGUAUGGCGUGUAGAAAGAGGUUCAUCAAUAGCGGAAGCCUUAAUUCUCUGCAGAGAAUUCACCCAGGGGAGAAACCAUACGAGUGUGUUGUGUGUGGGAAAAGCUUCAGUGACAGCAGAAAUCUGACUGCGCAUGAAAUAACUCACACAGGGGGGAAGCCAUAUAAGUGCCUGGAGUGCGGGAAAAGCUUCCGCCAAAGCUAUAAUCUUACGUCACAUCAGAAAACUCACACCGGGGCGAAACCUUACAAAUGCAUGGCGUGUGGGAAAAGCUUCAGUCGUAGUGGCAGCCUUCUUUCCCAUCAGAGAACCCACACAGGAGAGAAGCCCUAUAAGUGCAUGGAGUGUGGAAAGAGCUUCAUUGAGAGCCAGCAGCUUACUUUACAUCAUAGAACUCACACGGGAGAGAAGCCCUAUAAAUGCGCGGAGUGCGGGAAGACCUUCAGCACAAGCGGAAGCCUUAACAGACACCAAACGACUCACACAGGGGAGAGGCCCUUUCAAUGUGCUGAGUGUAGGAAGAAUUUCAGCCAGAGGACACACCUUACGAAACAUGAAAGAACGCACACGGGCGAGAAGCCCUACAAAUGUGCGGAGUGCGGGAAAAGUUUCAGCACGGGCGGAAGCCUUCACAGACAUCAGACGACCCACACAGGGGAGAAACCUUUCGAAUGCCCGGAAUGUGGGAAAAGCUUCAGUCGUCGAGGGAAUCUCAAUACACAUCAGAGAACCCACACAGGAGCAAAGCAACGUAAACAUGUGAAAUGUGAGAAAAGCUUCAGUGCGAGUGGCAGCCUUACCUCGUAUCAGUGGAUCAGUGAAGAUGGUUAGCUGUAUCUGGUAUAAAUGUCUGUAUUGAUGUGCAUUUGUUAGUUUCAAGAAUUAGGGUAGCCGUGAGGGGCAAGACAUUUCUGGCACCUGAAAGACUGAAACCAAUUUAUUGAGGCAUAAGCUUUUAUGGCCUAAAGUUCACAUCAUCAGCUACAUGGUUUUAUCUCGAUCAGCAGGCGCUCCCCCAAUUUGUGCACCCCCCCCCCAGUUUUUGUGGGGGUUCCAUUCCAGGUCAUUGUGCAUGUCAACGGUGCACAGGUAAGCCCACCACACCCUGUUGCACCCACUUCCAGGGCCAAAAACGGUGUACACCUGCUUUGAACACAUGGUCUGUGUGUGUGGUUUGGGAGCUGCAUGGUCAGGGGAAAAACAGUGCUGUCCAGGGUUGUAAAGACUGUGGAGAUGCUGCCAGGUGUCAUAAGAAAGCUGCAGAGAUAGCGCAGGAUAGUGCGCACCCCGGAAAUGAUCUCUUUCAGCUUCUGCCUUCUGGAAGAAGGUACAGGGUUAUAAAGACUAGGACUAGCUGCCUGAGAAACAGUUUCUAUCCAAAUGCGAUUUUGGUUUUAAAUGCAGUGUAAGGAGUCUCUCUGGGAGUAUAUUGUAUUUUAAAAAUGGGGUAUCAAGAGUUUUUAGGGAUCUAACCAGGUUGGGAUAGCUGGGAUAGCAGGCUUGUUGGUUUUGAAUGUCUUAUGUAGAUUUUUCCCCCCCAUUUCGUUGUUCUGUAUGGGACAAUGACAGUAAAGAUGAUUGUAUCGUAUC